AUGAUUCAAGUGGACAACUUCAAACGCCCAUCUCCGUCACCAUCUCGAUGUUCCAUUCGGAGCGACAGUCGAGUUUUCCGGCAACCUCGUGUUAUUCAGGUAAACCGUGAUGUGGCAACCAUGAUGGAUGACGAAACUAAUGUCGCAGGAGGUACUGCCACCGCAGAAGAUACUGGCGGAGUGCCGAACUGGGAAUCACAACUAGGUCACCAAGCUACACAUUUCCGUUCACGUACUUUUAGCGAUGGAUUCAUACGAAACACCAGUCUUGAACUUCUUCUUGGUGUGGAAUGUGAAGCUUGUCUCGCUCUAGCAGCUCAACGACAGUGUUUUACCAAGCAAGUUCCAGAAAACGAUUUUAAUUUGGUUUGUAAUUGUAACAUACAGCAAAACAAUUAUUUAAAUUGCCACCGUGAUAUUGUGAAACAGAGGGGCCACACACUAAAUAUCUAUGACUUGGAACGAAUGAAACGAGAAACGGGAAGAAACCACUUUGCAAGUGGAUCACAUCGAAGUCUAGACCGAAAAAAUAAACCUAAGACGAUAGGUGUAUCGAGCUACAUUUCAAAACAAUUCAUAUCUUACGAACCAACCAAUACUUUAGUCCAGAAAAUAAAAAGGAAAUUAACCAAUUUAAAAAAAAUAGGCGGUGAAGCGAUAUCAAAAAAACAUCAAAAUGCGGUCCAACUAGCAGAGAUAACAUCGGCAUCAACGAGCUCCCUCAAGAAACUAUCAAUGCUGUCACUUGUAGAGAAAUCACAAAGAAAAGUUAACAAUCAAAACGGCACAUUUCCGACUUCGAGCAUGCAAUCACAAGAUGAUUUGAAAAAUAAUAUGACGACCUACGCAAAUUUUUCUUCUAAUGUUGAUCAAUGUUUCGAUAGGUUGAGAGAUUACACGGAUAAUGCCGACUCUAGCAGUGGAGCACAUAAAGCUAUGAAAUUAAAGAAUUACGAUAUAAACGACGACAUAAUAUCUCGACACUCUCCCAUUCGACAGAUUAAGAAGUUUUCUACUCUUGAUAAUCGUAGAAGCUGUAGAAGUAUAAAAAGACAACUGUCAUACAAUGAUUUUUCCAGUGAACGGUACAGAGACAGAGGUGGAAUAGAGCCGUGGUCUCGGGAUGAUAACGUAUUUGAGAGAAAUACUAGUAAUGAUAUAAUAGAUGACGAUGGUCAAUCGUUCAUCAACUCUGAAAGGUCUUUUAAGAAUGCUCCGCGAUCAGUCCACGCACAAUGCACAUGCAAUACACGCGAAAAUAAAGUUCCUUCAAUAUUUUAUGAUACACAUCAUGGUAAGAAGCGUACAACGCCAGCACCGGACGUAACGGAACGUGGACAGAUUGCCCGUGGGACCGCGUGCGUGGCGUGUAAAGCUUCUCAGUGGGUGCCAACUGGUACAACAUCCACAACUAGCCACAGUUCCACAACAACGGCCAACUCGUCGCGUUUUUCGGUAUGGCAUCGUCGUUGGUGUUGUGUGGCUAUUUUGGUUAUGGUAGCGGGUACAGCGUGCGUCGCAGGGCCUCUAGCAUUGCGCGCACCUCCUGGAGCACCUUUGCAAGAGCGACUUCGUCUUGCCGAGAGGCUCCUACACGACACUCCACUCAUUGAUGGACACAACGACUUACCUUGGAACAUACGAAAAUUUCUACACAAUCGGAUUAAAGACUUCAGGUUUGAAGAAGACUUACGAACGAUAUCACCAUGGGCUACAAGUUCUUGGAGCCACACUGAUCUGCCACGGUUAAAGCAAGGCCGUGUCGCUGCUCAGUUCUGGGCGGCGUAUGUACCUUGCGAUGCGCAGCACCGCGACGCCGUACAGCUCACCUUUGAACAAAUAGACCUCAUACAACGCCUCACCGACAAGUAUCAUCCGCAACUCACGCUCUGUACCUCCGCCUCAGAUAUUUUGGCAGCUCAUGCAAACCAUCGCCUUUGUUCCCUGGUGGGCGUGGAAGGUGGUCAUGCAAUCGGGGGAUCUCUCGGCGUCUUGAGAACCUUGUAUCAAGUUGGUGUACGCUAUCUGACACUAACAUCUACUUGUGAUACACCUUGGGCGGAAUGCGCCUCCACAGAUCGAGUUGAUUCCACUCAAAGAGGUGGAUUGACUCCAUUUGGUAAGGUGAUUGUGAAGGAGAUGAACCGGUUAGGCAUGUUAGUGGACCUGUCACACGUGUCGGAGCGCACAAUGCGCGACGCUUUGACCGUCUCCCGGGCCCCUGUGCUCUUCUCUCACUCAUCGGCACGUGCACUCUGCAAUGUCACCCGCAAUGUACCAGACAGCGUUCUACGGCUCUUAGCCAUCAAUAAGGGCCUAAUCAUGGUCAAUUUCUACACUUCGUUUCUCACGUGCAGUGAGACGGCUACCGUUCAGGAUGCCAUUGCUCAUAUAAAUCAUAUACGCAAUGUAGCCGGCGUAGACAGUGUCGGUUUGGGGGCAGGCUACGAUGGAAUUAACUAUACACCAGAAGGUCUUGAAGAUGUCUCUUCAUAUCCUUUACUAUUCGCGGAGUUAAUGGAGGAUGGCUGGAGUAUAGAAGAGUUGCGGAAACUAGCUGGACUAAAUUUACUGAGAGUGCUUGGCGCUGCGGAACGCGUAGCUCGUGAAUUCGCCUCUGAGCACGUUGCGCCCUUCGAGGAUGUCUCACCUCGCACUUAUGACGCACACAACUGCUCCAGUCAAGAUUUAUAA